AUGCAGUAUGAUGAUAAACCAAAGGACGAGUGUGGUGUAUUCGGUGUCUUCGGCCAUCCAAAAGCGGUAGAGUUGACCUAUUUAGGGUUACGUGCCCUUCAGCAUCGAGGGCAAGAGAGCAGUGGCAUUAUCGCAUCAGAUGGCGAGAAAUUUACGUAUCACCACGGCAUGGGUCUCGUUCACUCCGUGUUUAGUGCUGAGGUCUUAGAAAAACUGAACGGACAUAUCGCUAUUGGGCACAACCGAUAUUCGACGGCAGGGGCAAGCACGCUUGAGAAUGCGCAACCUUUGGUACGAAAUUACAAACAGGGUCCGCUCGCGCUUGGUCACAAUGGCAAUCUUGUCAAUGCUGUGCAAAUUCGGAAUCAUUUGGAGAAUGCUGGUUCUAUCUUCAGCACAAGUUUGGACACAGAAGUCAUUUUCCACUUGAUAGCACAUUCGCGGAAGCAGGCAUUAGAGCACAGGAUCAUUGAUGCAUUACGAAGUGUUGAAGGUGCAUACUCGUUUGUAUGCAUGGAUAAUACCACACUGAUGGGGGCUCGCGAUGCACACGGGUUCCGUCCGCUGUGGCUCGGUAAGCUUGAUGAUGCGUUUGUGUUAGCCUCCGAAACGUGUGCAUUCGAUGUAAUUGAAGCAGAACCGAUACGUGAGGUGGAACCGGGAGAAUUAGUAUUUAUACGCUCUGCGCAUCUCGGUUUAGAGUCGUUGCGCUUUCAUAAGAGGGAGUCGGAGUUAUCGCAGUGCAUCUUUGAAUAUAUCUAUCUGGCACGGCCGGAUAGCAUGAUGUUCGGGCACAGCGUGAAUAACGCGCGCCGUGAGUUUGGUAGACAACUGGCUCGCGAACAUCCGGUCAAAGCAGAUGUCGUUAUCCCGGUGCCUGAUUCCGCAACGAUUGCUGCGCUCGGAUACGCUGAAGAGUCUGGUCAUUCCGUUCGAUUUAGGGCUAUCUCGGAACACUUUCGUUGGUCGCUCUUUCAUGAACCCGACGCAGGAUAUCCGAGAAUUGAUGGUGAAAGUGAAGUUGAAUCCGGUGCGCGAUGUGUUGCGCGAUAA